GUUUUAGCGAGCAUUUCACCGUAAUUCCUCUCCGAAUUUUCCCUCCCGCAGCAGUUGGCCGACAGGUUUAUCUCUAGUUCAAAUUAAGACGCCGAAGCCAAAAUGCAGAACGAAGAGGGAAAGAUCACCGAGCUUUACAUUCCUAGGAAGUGCUCUGCGACAAACAGACUUAUCACUUCAAAGGACCAUGCCUCGGUUCAGAUUAACGUCGGUCACUUAGAUGAGAAUGGCAUCUACACUGGCCAGUUCUCCACUUUCGCACUCUGCGGUUACAUCCGUGCUCAGGGAGAUGCGGACAGCGCUUUGGACAGGUUGUGGCAGAAGAAGAAAGUUGAAGUUCGCCAACAGUAGGAAAUGCAAUAUUUUCCUCUACUUCUGAGAUUUUAUAUAAGAUGUUAGCUAUAUUGCAAAUUUUGAAUGAUGAGAGCCUCCCGCGUUAAUGUUUUGAUGAAUGCUUCUAAAGUUGUGUUUGUUGGAUUAUUACUUCAGUGAAGUUAGUUUUUGAUGAUUUAUUAGUUUAUUC